CCCAUCCCAUCGACCAACGACCGACGAAGGAAGGCACAACCGAAAACCUUCUCGCCUCCCCAGCCGCACCGCAGCACGACACAAGUCACACUACACCCUUACCAGACUCUGCUGGGCGGAACCCUGGGCUCCAUCAGGCCAGGAGCGAACUCAGGCAGCACCGUCCCCGUGUGGGCGCCCCUUGUCGGCUGUCUCGACGUGGCGCGAGUGGUGCCCUGUGAUGCUGACGCUGACGCCGAGGCAGGGGCAUCACUCUCUGGCCGGACCUUGACGACGGCAAUGGGUGUGGCCUCGACCCACUUCUCGUGUGCCGAGUGGCGGAUGAUCUUCAUGACCCGCUCGAUGGGUUUUCUGCAUAAUGGGCACUCUGGCUUCACUUUGUGCUUGCGCAUGUGCUUGGACUUGAGGGGCAGCUCGAUCAGCUCCACGGCACACUCCUCACAUAACCUGCCCACACAGCAAUAGUUCUCAGGUCGGUUCUGUGGCCCCUUUAUCCCGUACUCACUCACCCUCCGUGUCCACAUGGCAACAGCAAGGUCUCUCUCGGCGCAUCGAAGCAGAUGGUGCACUGCGCGCCGGUAUCCAGGUCGCCCAUGGUGUCGUCGUGUUUAUACCUCUCCACCUCAUCCUCACCGCCGCCACCCUCCUUGCCGAUCACACGAGCACACGUGUCCGGCGAUGUCGGCCCCUCAUCCGAAAUCGAUUGGCCGGCUCUCGCGCUCGUGCCAUUGCUGGCAGAUGCAGCUUGGCCAUCGCCGCUGCUGGAAGCGGCCACCGGGGCGGCAGGUGAACCGCCUGCAUACACAGACAGACAGACAGACAGACAGAGAGACACCCAUCAGAAUGUUCGGUGUGCCGUUGUCCGCUUCAGCCCGCAUACCUUUGUUGCCGAUGACGACUGGUGCUGCGCUAAGAGUGGCGUCCGAUGACAUGCCCGAGUGCUGCCUGGGUGUGUCGUUGAUUGAGAAGGAUGGGUCGGGGGGCGUGGAGGCGAUGAAAGAGGGGGAGGGCGACACACCGUCUCUGGCGCUGCCUCGCCGGGAGCGCUGAGAGCGAGAUGAAGGGAUCUUGAACACCCUGCCGCACACGUGAGACACACACGAAUGAUAGAUAGGAUCGUGCUUUGCCGCGUGUGGUGCUGUCUGUCACUCUUACUUGAAAAAGUGGCUGUUGAGCUGCCUUAGUAGCAUGGGUGGAGCGGCGCCUGCAUUCACCAAACACGACAGAGCAAAUCAACACGUCGCGCGCCUCCCCUCCCUUGUGUCUUGACACGUCCGUGCGUACUUGAGUCAGAUCGCCCUGGCUGGCCGUUGGUCUUCAUGACGUCAUAGGCGGGUGGGAUGUCACUGAGGCUCUGUCGACGGCGCUCCCGACGGCUGCGUGAGUGCUGUCGUGGUCCAGGCUGAGCGUUCAUGCCAUUCAUACCCGUCUCGAGAUCAAGGGGAGGGCGCUGCUUGCCUGCAGGCAUAUAAUCGAAUACCGGCGGUGUGGUGUGUGGCAGACAGGAUGGAUGGAUGGAUGGGCCGGUGAGAGGUUGUUGACCUACCUGCGAUCCAGAGCCCGGCGCAGCAGCAGAUGGUUGCCGUGGCAGCCAUGAACCCGAUGCUCCAAGAAGGAACCAACAUGCUUGGAACCUCCUCCUUGGAGCCGUCCCUAUUAUCAUCCCUAUCACCGGUGUCGCCGUCGUCGUCAGCAUCACGAUUGCCGUCACGAUCAAGCCCCCAUGGUGACGAGAAGCCCCUUCCCUCCAGGUCGCUCGACGACAGAUAGUCUGAUCGUGCACGGAUGGCCUCGAGAGUGUUGUCGCACGUAGUGCCGUCUGCACACUUGAGGCUGCCCGAGACCAAUUUGAGGCCGCAGGUUGUGUUGUUGGCGCCGGGCUUGUCAAAGCCACAGAGGGAAAGGUCGCACAUGGUGACUUUGGGGUCACGAAUCGCGUCGAUGGCCUCAUCGCCAGAGCCAGGCUGGUCCACCCAAUCACGGCAUGGGCACACGAGAACGGAGUUCCUGACGGAUGGCGGGCUGGGUGCGCCGCGCAAAGCGGCUGCAGUAGAGGUGACGUUGCGAUAGAAUCCCCUUAUAGGCAUGCGGCCACUGUUCGGCUCGUGGAGCUGACACAGGUCGAGGAGGCACUUGUAGCUAUAGUCCCCCUCAAUCACAGGACACUCCCCCCAACCAGCAGGACAGUAUCUUGGCCCAGAGAUGACUCCGGCGUCCUCGUUCAUCCUCGGCCUGACCUGUGACGCCUGCCCACUGUAGAUCUUCAAGUCGCAGGUCUUGGUCACCCCUCGAAAAGAAAAAAACUCGCAAGCGGGGUGCUCCUGACAUGCCCUCUGACACGCGAGGGCGGAUGGGAGCCGCUGCUCACGACGGUCGCCGCCCACAAAGCCGAUGCCCCGCUGGAAGCACCACGAAUCGUCGCUCCCCUCACCACCAUCGGAACCCGCUACAACAAGGAACACACACACGUUUGACGAAGGACUUGAGUUCAUCAGCAAGCAGAUCUUUCCUCCAUGUUUGUCCAUAUCACUCACUCUGUGCGAGGCUGCUGCUUGCGAUGAGGCACAAUACAGCCACCAACGAAGGCAGGGGGGCACGCCACAAUCCACGAACCAUCAUGCCGAUAGACAUAAUGUUUUCCAGGUCUCUCGCUUCAUGACCAGUAUCAAACCGUCUUCCUCGCUCCUCCUGUUAACGUGUUUGCCUGUUCCGGC